UGCGGUUCCGCUUCCCUGCCUGAUUCGGCUGUGUGGCGUAAUUUUUUUGAUCGACAAAAAAAGAUAGAUAUCUCUGCGACUCUACCCAUCACAACCUCCAUUGAAAAUAUUCAUUUGUAAAUAUUUUUUCUCUUUUACUCUCAACAAUGGUGGAAACUUCUGCUUUGUGUUUCGCAUCAUAUACACCAUUGUCAAACAAUAAUCGAAACUUUCGUCAAAUUCCUCCCUAUAUCUCCUCCACGUUAUCUCUUUUUACUAAAAACACGAACAUUCAUCGCCAACCCUGCUUCUUGAUUCAAUCAAUUUCUUCUCGAUUUUUCCGAUUCACGGUGAAAGCUUCUCCCGGUGAUCAUUUUGAGUUUGGUUGUGGCUCUUACCCGUGGGAUCCUCAAUCUCCCAAUUCGGAUUCUGAUAUUCAGUGGGUUCGUGAGGAAAAAAUCACAAUGUUCACUUCAGAUGGGCUUAUUCAACUUGGAGGUUCUUUGGUACCUAGACGAAUUUCUUCAUCCAAGAAGGAGCAGGGUAAGGUGAAAAUUCCUCCAAGGUAUCAGCGCUUUCAGGAGAGUGAUUACAUGGAUCCAAAGCAAAGCCUUUGUCUGGGUGCGCUUUUUGAUAUUGCAGCAACAAAUGGCCUUGAUAUGGGUAGAAGGCUUUGCAUCAUUGGCUUUUGUCGCUCAAUUGAGAUGCUUAGUGAUGUUGUUGAAGACAGUGUACUGGAACAAGGUUGUUAUCGCAGAGAAAGCAACAGAGGGUGGUUUGCAGGAGAAAUUGAGCAUGACUGUUGCUGUACCGCUGCUUUGGGGUGUUCCUCCUGCAUCUGAGACGCUCCAUCUUGCUGUUAGAAGUGGUGGGGGGAUUGUGCAGAAGAUCUUUUGGCAGUGGCACUUCAGGUAAAUAUAAAGCUUCUGACUAAGUUGGUCACUCUAACCCAUCAAUGAUCAAUUUGCACUGUAUAUAUGCUUUAGAACAACAUUGUAUAUUUCAGAAACUGUAAAUUUGUGCAAACCAUUCAAUCGAAAGCUCUAUAAUAUGUAACCAUUUUCCUCUUCA